GUGACCAGUCAAGGAAUCCUGACAUUAAUUUCAAAGAGAGAAACUCUUUUGCUGAAAAGAGUGACAGCCAUGAUGUGCCUCACUCCUCAAGUAAAAAACUCAAGAAUGCAGUCUUUAAGAUGCUUAAGCGCACAGUAAUUUCUCUGAUUAAAAAUGAACUAAAGAAGUUUAAGAAAAUGCUGAGCCCAGAUUACCCAGCAUGCUCUGUGAGAGAGGAAGAGGAUGAUGAAGAUCAGACCGAUGUCAGAGAUGCGGCUCUGAAGAUCACACUGCACGUCCUGAGGAAGAUGAACCAGACAGACCUCGCCAACUCAUUACAGACCAAACUGACCCCCAUGAGUCAUCACAUACUAAAAUCCAGUCUGAGGGCGAAAUUUUGCAAAAUUCAUGAAGGAAUUUCACUGCAAGGAAAAACAACUCUUCUGCAUGAGAUCUACACAGAGCUCUACAUCACAGAAGGAGGGAGGGGAGAGAUGAGUUUUCAACAUGAGGUGAGACAGAUUGAGACAACAUCCUGGACACCAGAGACACCGGAAGCACCAAUCAAAUGCAAUGACAUUUUUAAAGCCUUACCUGGACAAAACAAGCGCAUCAGAUCUGUACUGACUAAAGGAGUUGCUGGAAUUGGAAAAACAAUCGUUGUGCAGAAGUUCAUUCUGGACUGGGCUGAAGGAAAAGACAAUCAGAAUGUCCACUUCAUAUUUCCACUUCCUUUCAGGGAGCUCAAUUUGAUGAAGGAGAAAAAUAUUAGUCUGAUGGAGCUUCUCCGUCAGUUUUUCACAGAGCUAAGAUUACCAAAUUGUGAUGACUAUAAAAUCAUAUUCAUAUUUGAUGGUCUGGAUGAGUGUCGAUUUCCUCUAGAUUUCCAGAACAAUGAUAUCUUAUGUGAUGUAACAGAGUCAGCCUCAGUGGAUGUUCUCCUGACGAACCUCAUUAAGGGCAAUCUGCUUCCAUCUGCUCUCCUCUGGAUCACCUCUCGACCAGCAGCAGCCAAUCAGAUCCCUGCCGAGUGUGUCGACAAGGUUACAGAAGUACGAGGUUUCAAUGACCCUCAGAAGGACGAGUAUUUCAGGAAGAGAAUCAGUGACCAGAGUCUGGCCAAUAGAAUCAUCACACAUGUCAAAUCAUCAAGGAGCCUCUACAUUAUGUGCCACAUCCCAGUCUUCUGCUGGAUUUCAGCCAAUGUUUUAGAGAGAAUGUUGAGUGAAGCAGAGAGUGCAGAGAUCCCCAAGACUCUCACUCAAAUGUUCACACACUUUCUAAUCUAUCAGAUCAAACAAAGAAGCCAGAAAUACCAAGAAAACGUUGAUAUAGAUCUUCAGCAGACAACAGAGAAUGUAUUUUCCCUGGGAAAACUUGCUUUUCAACAGCUAGAAAAAGGCAACCUGAUCUUCUAUGAGGCAGACCUCAGAGAGUGUGGUAUUGAUGUCAGAGAAGUGUCAGUGUAUUCAGGACUGUGUACCCAGAUCUUCAGAGAGGAGUUUGGACUGUACCUGGGGAAGGUGUACAGCUUUGUACAUCUCAGCUUUCAGGAGUUUCUUGCUGCUCUAUUCAAGUUUCUUUCCUUAAUCCUAAAACCUACCAAGCAUUUUAAACUAUUUAGCUCCACAAUGACUGAUUUGCUAAAAAGAGAAGUGGACAGAGCCUUGCAGAGUGACAAUGGACACCUGGACCUUUACGUUCGAUUCCUUCUGGGCCUCUCAUUGGAGUCAAAUCAACGUCUCUUACAAGGCCUACUGACACAUACAGGGAAUGUAUGCCUAAUAAACAAACAAAAAAUCAUUAAAUAUCUCAAGGAGAAAAUCAAGGAUAAUCCCUCUCCAGAGAAAUCCAUCAAUCUGUUCCACUGUCUGAAUGAACUGAAUGAUCAUUCCCUAGUGCAGGAAGUCCAAGCAUACCUGAAGGAAACAGGUCCCAGUGGUCUCUCUGGAGUGAAACUCUCUCCUGCUCAGUGGUCGGCUCUGGGGUUUGUGUUGCUGAACUCAGAAAAUGAGCUGGAUGAGUUUAAGCUGAGUAAAUAUGAUCAAUCAGAAGAAUGUCUUCUGAGACUGCUGCCAGUGGUAAAAGCUUCUAGAAAAGCGGAGCUGUGUGAUUCUAAUCUGACUGAGAAGAGCUGUUCAGCACUGGCCUCAGUCAUUAGCUCAAACUCCUCAAGUCUGGCUGACUUGGACAUGAGCAACAACAACCUGCAGGAUUCAGGAGUGAAGCUGCUCUGUGCUGGACUGAAGAAUCCACAAUGUAAACUGGAGACAUUACAGUUGUCAAACUGCCGUAUUACAGUGGAUGGUUGUGCUGCUUUGGCUUCAGCUCUGAGAACAAAUCUCUCACACUUGAGAAAACUGAAUCUCAGUGACAAUACACUUGGAGACCCAGGAGUAAACCUGCUGUCUGGUCUCCUGGAGGAUCCACAAUCCAAACUGGGCAAACUAUACCUUAAUAACUGCAGUAUUGGAGAGGAAGGUUUUGCUGCUUUGGCUUCAGCUCUAACAUCAAACCCCUCACACCUUAGAGAACUAAACCUGGGUAUGAACAAACCAGAAAAUUCAGGAGUAAAGAUGCUCUCUCAUCUACUGGAAAAUCAAAACUGCAAACUAGAGAAACUACAGUUGUUUAAGAGCAGCAUUAGAGAAGAAGGAUUUGCUCUUCUGAUAUCAGCUCUGAGAUCAAACCCCUCACACCUGAGAGAACUAGAUCUGAGUGGAAAUGAACCAGGAGAUUCAGGAGUGAAGGUGCUCUCUGAUCUACUGAAGGAUCCACACUGUAAACUGAAGACACUACAGUGA